UGAAACCUCCCACUGUAACUUGAGGCCAGUCUUGCAGCCUCUCUCUCUCCCAGCGCACUCCCUUUCUUUCUCUCUCUCUCUCUUUCUCUCUCUCCCACCGCACAUCCUCCCUCUCGCCCAGUGCACUCCUCCCUGUCUCUCCCCCUGCACCCUGCACCUGUCUUCCUGUUGGUGUGAUCCCAGGAUACGGCGUUCCCAGCCGGGCCAGGAUAGGACUUGGGAUUGGGAAAUGGAGAUGGAGGGGCGUAAAACUCCGAAUCUGGCGGCUUUUGCUGAGAGCAGCACCCUGCACGGUCUCAGCCACAUCUUCACGGGGGGAGGCCUGAGCCUGCGCCGGCUACUGUGGCUAGUGGCCUUCCUGUUCUCGCUAGCCAUCUUCCUGUACCAGGUAGCCGACCGGGUGGACUACUACAGCCAGUACCACCACGUCACCACCCUGGAUGAGAUCGACAGCGCCAGCAUGGCCUUUCCUGCCGUAACCUUCUGCAACCAGAACAGUUUCCGCAAGUCCCGCAUCAGCCGUAACGACCUGUACUGGGUGGGCUCACUGCUGGGAGUGAAGCAGAGUGACUACCCUGCCUUCCUGCAAACGCUGGGCCAAGACGGCAACAUGGCCGGAUUCUUCCCCUCGCGCACCUACGACAUGACCGAGCUCUACGACCGCACUGGGCACGAGCUGACACAAAUGCUGCUCGACUGCAAGUACCGCAGUGAGGAAUGCACGGCCGAGGACUUCACCACUAUCUUCACACGGUACGGCAAGUGCUACACCUUCAACUCGGGCCGAGAGGGCUACCCCCUCCUCACCACCAUGAAGGGCGGCACGGGCAACGGCCUGGAGUUGAUGCUCGACAUCCAGCAGGACGAGUACCUGCCCGUGUGGGACAAGACCGAGGAGACGUCCGACGAGGCGGGACUGAAGAUCCAGAUCCACACACAGGACGAGCCUCCCUACAUCCAUGAGAUGGGCUUUGGCGUGGCCCCAGGCUUCCAGACCUUUGUCUCCACCCAGGAGCAGCGGAUACUCUACUUGCCCCCCCCCUGGGGAGACUGCCGGGCGACCAGCCUCACCUCCGGCUUCUUCAGCACCUACAGCAUCACCGCCUGUCGCAUCGACUGUGAGACCCGCUACCUGGUGGAGAACUGUAACUGCCGCAUGGUGCACAUGCCAGGGAACGCUGAAGUCUGCACGCCGGGACAGUACAAGAACUGCGCCGAACCAGCGCUGGAGUUCUUGGUGGAGCGGGACAGUAAGUUCUGCCUGUGUGAGACUCCGUGCAACGUGACGCGGUUCGGCAAGGAGAUCUCCAUGGUGAAGAUUCCCAGCAAAGCUUCAGCAAAGUUCCUGGCCAAGAAGUUCAACAAAACCGAGCAGUACAUAGCGGAGAACAUACUAGUCCUGGACAUUUUCUUCGAGGCGCUCAACUUUGAGACCAUCGAGCAGAAGAAAGCCUAUGAGAUUGCCGGGCUGCUGGGUGAUAUCGGUGGACAGAUGGGCCUGUUCAUCGGAGCCAGUCUCUUAACCAUCCUGGAAAUCUUUGACUAUAUCUACGAGGUCUUCAAAGACAAGAUCGCUCGAUGCAGGAACGGAUCAAAGAGGAGUCACUCCGACAACCUGAGUACGUGUGACACUCUCCGCAGCCAGUCAGACAGCCUGGGCUUCACCCCCAACAUGUUGCCCCGACAUCCCACUCUUGGCACCUUCGAGGAGUUCGCCUGCUGAUCCCCUGGGGCGGGAGGGGGGGAGAGUCAGGAGGGGAGAAGAGGAACGAGGCGCUGCUCCAAGUCAGCUAUAUGUGGGGACAGGGGUGGGGUCGACUGUGGCCUCCGCUCACACAAUGUGGUCAGUGCCCCUCCCCCCUGCCACACGGUCUCUGGGGAACGCUCCACACCGUCAACACACUUGGCACCGUGUCCUCACCCGCGAGCUUCUGCCCUUGCCACUACGAGUGACGCCGUCGGUUCAAAUCCCCCGGCGCGAGAAGAUCGCUGUUGGUUUAUUAUUGUCAAGUGGAUCGAGAAACAGUGACAAGCUUUGUGUGCUAUCCAGUCAAAUUAUACCAUAUAAGAGUCCGAUCAAGCCAUACACAAGCACAACAGGUAGAGCAAAGGGAAAAAUGCCAGAGUAUAGAAUAUAGUGUUACAGCGUUAUAAUUCAUAAGAUGUAGGAGCAGAAUUAGGACAUUCAACCCAUCAGGUCUACGCUGACAUUCAAUCAUGACUGAUCUAUCUUUCCCUCUCAACCCCAUUCUCCCCAAAACCCCAGACAUUUGUACAAAUCAAGUAUCUGUCAGUUUCCGCCUUAAAAAUACCCAAUGAUGGUCUCCACAGCCGUCUGUUGCGAAGAAUUCCAGAUUCACCACCCUCUGACUGAAGAAAUAAUCUGGUCCUCUGGUCCUAGGCUCUCCCACUAAUGGUAAUAUCCUCUCCACAUUCACUCUAUCCAGGCCUUUCACUAUUCUGUAAGUUUCAAUGAGCUUUCCCCUCAUCCUUCUAAACUCCAGCAAGUACAGGCCCAAGGCCCCAUUCAGUAGUCUUUAUAACAGCGGGGACUAAGCUAUUCCUCAGUCUGGUGGUAUGUGCUGUCAGCGAAAGGGUAGAGAAAAGUGCAGGGGCCAGGUAGGUUGGAAGAUUGGGUAUUUUAUUCUUGUUCAGGCUUUUCCAAUCCAUGAUGUCCAUCUCCCCUCCCUCUUCUCCCCCCCCCCCCCCGAGGUAGCAUUGACCGAGUGAAGGUGUGGUUAUGUGGUGUCCCUUCCCUCUGAACUCCGCCCCUCAACCUCAUCGCCUCCCCACCCCCCUUGUGGCAUGCAGACCAAUCAGUGUGACCCCCCCCCCCACUAUCAUCUUGCCUCCUUUGUGAAAAUAUACAUAAAACUAUAGAGAAAUAUAUCAGUCGUCCAAAACUCCUGCAUAUUGUGAAU